AUGAUUGUAAAAGAAAGUUCAAGGAGCAAGAAAUCGCAAUUGAAAAGAGUUGGUAAAAUUGGACGUAAACGGAAAGCUUCACAAGAGGUUUCAAUCGCGGACUCCGAAAAUGAAGAGCAAACGUUUUCCGGGACUGUAGUCGAUGAAGAAAAACCACCUCUCAUGGAUAUUGCAGCUCCAAGUGAUUCCGAUGAUGAAGGGGACUCAGAUAAAGAAUUACAAGUAGCUCUACGCGAAGGUUUACUGAAAACCGAUAAGCUCAACUAUAUCGUGCCUGCAAAGCGUCCAAUUAUCAACAGAACGGCCGAAAUGCGUGAAAAAAUCGCUGAGUUUGCCAAAAAGUUGCCUUGGAUUGAAACUGUUGACGUAAGCACGAAAUCUACGCUCACAAAGGAGAUGAUCGAUAAUGACUUCGACCGAGAAAUGCAGUUCUACCUUCAAGCAGAGAAAGCUGUUCAAAUAGCGGUGUCUCGACUUCUUUCUAUGGGUGUGAAGGUAAUUCGCCCCUCCGACUAUUAUGCCGAAAUGGCUAAGAGUGAUGGUCACAUGCAGAAGGUAAGGAAACGUUUGUUGAAAAUUCAAGAGGAUAAAGAGCGUCAAGAAGCGAUUCGAAGGAUGCGAGAGGAAAGGAAGUACGCUUCAAAAGUUCAGAAGGAAGUAUUAGAGAAACGGAAUAGCGAAAAGAAGCAGUUGAUGGAAGCUGUUAAAAAGCACAAAAAGGGUAUGAAACAGCAGCUGGAGGACAUGCUCAGUAACGUCAAGAGAAUGGGACUGGAUCAGGUGCUACCUUUUUAUUGUAGAACUUAUUCCUUUUUCUGGAUUAUAGAGCAUUCAAUGGAACUGUUUGCUUACCAGCUCCGCUCUUAA